AGGGAUUACACGCGUCGUGCGUUCCUGUCGUUUUUGCUAAAGUUCAAACGUCAAAAACUUUGCGUACGUUAAAUUGUUUUAAUCUUUGUUUUAGUUUUGUUUAAAACCUAUCUAUAGGUGAACUCUCAAUACAAAUUAGUGUCUUUUUUAAUUAUUAUUGUCCUAUGAGUUUUUUUUUUCUAUUUUGUGACUGAUUUUGAGGAAAGCUUGUGUUGAGUGCAUGCAAGAUCCUGUUGCACCUUUAUUAACGGUGACAUACAAAAUGGCGCUUCGACUCGGCAGGAUGCUGCUGCUGCUGCUACAAACAGACACGACAUAAAUAUAUUGUUUGUAAAACUCAACACUUACUUUAAACUGACUAAGAUCUAAAGUGACGUACCAGUACAAAUACAUAACAAUGAAUUUAAAGAUAAUUCCAUUCCUUCUUACGUGGAACAUCUUACUGACCGCAGCGAAGAGAGAUUCGUUUGAAGACGAAGACUCUAUAAGAGCAAAGGAACUGAGAAACAAAGAUAACAAUCGUAAUAGAACUACCUUUAAUGGUACCUUGACAGAUAUACCAGAGAGACGAUACUUAAGACACAGAAAUAGCUCUAGAUAUCGCGGCGACAGACGAAGAUUUUGGGAACGGGAGCAUGAAAUACGACGCGAAAGACGAAAAGGCUCAGAAGCGCAUUCUUCUGAAGAAUACUCUGUAUUCAACCGAACAGACCCUUACAACUUGAGGAAUGUAGACAAGCCCCGAAGACCAGAAAAACAUUGGAAUAAAAGCAGCAUGGAAAGAAUCACAACCGAAAGAAGAAAAAUACUGAAUCAAAGUAAACCGGAUAGAUCUCAUCCUAUUCCAGUUAAAGAGAAUACAACAAGGAUGAAGGCGAAAAUAACUAAUAAAUGGCAAAACAAUGGAUAUAUACCGUAUCCCCAGCCGAGGGAGAAGAAACCAAAUAUCAUUUUGAUAUUAACCGAUGAUCAAGAUGUAGAAUUGGGCAGUCUAAAUUUCAUGCCGCGGACUAUGAAAGCUAUAAGAAGUGCUGGAGCUGAGUUUCGACAUGCUUAUACAACUACACCUAUGUGUUGCCCAUCAAGGAGUUCUCUACUGACGGGCGUGUACAUUCACAACCACAACGUGUACACGAACAACGACAACUGCUCGUCGCCGAUGUGGCAGGCAACACACGAGACCAACACCUUCGCCACCUACCUCUCGAACGCUGGAUACCGUACUGGCUACUUCGGGAAGUACUUGAACAAGUACAACGGGUCGUACAUCCCGCCCGGAUGGCGCGAGUGGGGCGGCCUCAUCAUGAACUCCAAGUAUUAUAACUACAGCGUCAACAUGAACGGAAAGAAGAUCAAACAUGGAGACGAUUAUCACAGGGAUUACUAUCCGGAUCUGAUAGCAAAUGACUCGAUAGCGUUCCUGCGGGCGUCAAAGCGCCGAUUCUCUCGCAAGCCGGUGUUGCUGGUUAUGUCGUUCCCUGCGCCCCACGGCCCCGAGGACUCCGCGCCGCAGUACUCGCAUCUCUUCUUCAAUGUGACAACCCAUCACACACCCACGUAUGAUAUGGCACCGAAUCCGGACAAGCAAUGGAUCCUGCGAGUCACAGAAAAGAUGAAGCCCAUACAUCGACAGUUCACCGACCUUCUGAUGACAAAGAGGUUGCAGACUCUUCAGAGCGUAGAUAUGGCGGUCGAGAGAGUAUAUCAAGAGUUGAAGGCGUUGGGUGAACUGGACAAUACAUAUUUGGUGUACACAUCUGACCACGGCUAUCAUCUCGGUCAAUUCGGUCUUGUUAAAGGCAAGAGCUUUCCCUUCGAGUUCGAUAUCCGUGUGCCCUUCCUGGUACGAGGACCUGGUGUGGAGCCCGGCACUGUUGUGGACGAUAUAAUUUUAAACAUCGACUUGGCGCCAACGUUCCUGGACAUGGGGGGUGUGACACCGCCGCCGCACAUGGACGGCCGCUCGCUGCUGCCGCUGCUACAGCCGCGUCGUAGACGCCAGGCCGCCGCGCACUGGCCAGACACGUUCCUUGUCGAAAGUUCGGGUCGCCGUGAGACUCAAGCUCACUUGUCGGAGGAGAGACGCGCUCACUGGUACAGCCGGGAGUUGAACGAGAAGGUAACUACACCUCGAGCGUUGGAGGUCUCCUCCGAGAGCGGGGACUUUGAUGAUGAGUCUGAUGAUGACGACUUUUUGGAACUCGACGAUGAUGAUGACGACAAUGAGAGUACAGAUUCAAGUGAUGCGACCAAAAAAUUAUCAGAACCAUUACUUACCAAUGAGAGUCACAAUCCAAUACUAGAAGCAAAUCUGGAGAAAGCACUCGACGCAGAAGAAGGUACCGCUUCCAAUCAGCUUGAUUUUCUGACACCAGGAUCAAAACUUUAUGAACAAUCGGCUGCAAGCAUAGCGAGUGGCAAGGCAGCGCGACUCGCAGCAGAAUGUUCCAAAGCCGAGCUUCGCGCGCCUUGUUCAGAGGGUCGUAAGUGGAAAUGUGUCCUUGUUAAUGGACGCUGGCGAAGGCAUAAGUGUAAAUACGAGUCCGAAAUAAACACUCCUCAGCCGAAAAUGAGCACAAAGAAAUGCGCAUGUUUUACUCCAAGUGGUCUCGUUUAUACUAGACUCGAAACAGAUGGAACAAUCUUACGAAGACCGAGUGACAAUCAAAAAGAAAAUGCAACGCGCAAUCGUAGAUCAAUUGAUAAUGAUGUCUUUGAACCAAACACUGUUGAAAGUAUUUUAGAGGAAAAUCCCAGUAUUGGGCAUUUGAGGUUUCUGAAUGAGCCAUUUAAUGAAGUAGAAAAUAAAAGCAUUAAGGACAAAGUAGAUGAACUAAUCAAGCAAACGGAGGCCUAUAUUAAAGCUUAUGAACAUACCAAAGAAAAUGUAGAUCAUAAGAGAAUUAAACGAAAAGCUCAACAUUUAAAUCAUAAUAAGCAUAAACAAAAGAACGAUGUCUUAGAGCCUAAUGAAACAUCUUUAGAAUGUAAAAUAGAAAAAGACGGAACUGUGAAUUGCUCACAAAUAAUAUAUAAUGACUUAAAAGCUUGGCAUACGAACAGGCUUAGCCUUGAAGAUCAAAUAAGACAACUGCGGACAAAGCUUGAGGACUUAAAAGAGAUAAAAAGACAUUUAAAAACGAGCAAACCAAUGAUUGACUUGCAAACAGUUGUUACACCUUAUGCUAAUCAAAAUCAUCAUUUGCGUAGUAGAAACACUACGCAUGAAACAACAUCUAAAGAUCAAUUAAGGAAAACGAAACUCCAUAGAAUGAAAUUUAAACAUAGAAAUAACACACUAGACAAAAAAAUUAAGCAAUCUAAUGACUAUAUAGUGUCAACUGUUAAUGCUGUAACAAAACAAAAUAUAUUCAGUUCUCAACAGAAGAAUGAACCAACCAGUACGGAAGCGACGACCUUACGGUAUGAAUUAAAUAUGUCAGAUGACGGAGCAGAAGCAAAUAAUACAGAAUUACCGAAACCUCAGAUCACAACAAUUAUCAUAGAAAAUAAUUACUUUGACCAAAAUAGAGUAGACGAUCAAGCAACUUUACAUAGUCUUCCUACAAUAUUAGACGAAGUAACUACAACUGAAUAUUUUAAACCAAUAUUUACUUCUACAGCUAAACAAAAAAUAGAUGAAUAUAUUAUAGACGUUGGUUCAUCUGUCCGUACUCCAGAUUCUUCACAUAUAUAUGAUACUCUCGAUAAAAUUUCAACAACCCCAAAAUUCACGAAUCUCUUUAGUUUUGACAGUAUGUCAACUAUUCCAUCGACGUCUACAAGCAAACCUACAGUAAAAUAUGAUGCAACCUCGUCUCCCAGUUUAGGACCGACGAGAUUCGAUGCUUCCGAAUACGAGCAAAGGAAUCCUAACCAAGCUGGAUCUGAUUUGGGCGUUUUUAGUAAACCAACAGACAUAUUCCAAAGAAGACUCCAUCCCUUGUUUAUUGAAAACGAAGAUAAACAUGUUUGUUACUGUGAAGAGAAUCGGAAACCAAAAGGUCCGGGACACGCUUAUCUGGAAGCAGCUCAAAAAGCACGAGAGGAACGAAGGAAGUUAAAAGAACAGAGAUUGCGUAAGAAACUAAGGAAAGCUAAGAAGAAGGCGGAACUGGAGAGGCUCUGUGAAUCGGAACGAAUGAAUUGCUUCAGACACGACAACGAUCAUUGGAGGACUGCACCGCUUUGGACCUCGGGACCGUUCUGUUUCUGCAUGAGCUCUUCAAACAAUACAUAUAACUGCGUGAGAACCAUUAACGCCACGCACAAUCUUCUCUACUGCGAAUUUGUUACUGGACUUGUUACUUACUACAACUUACGUAUUGAUCCUUUCGAGACUCAGAAUAGAGUGAAAUAUCUGACACAAUCUGAAAAGGAUUAUUUCCACAAUCAGUUGCAGCAGCUUCUCACUUGUAGGGGACCGUCUUGUAGAAGAUUUUCCCACUCAAACCCUUUAGGAAGUAGCGAAGAAAUAAACAGACGAUUCGAUGAUCAACAUCUCUAUAGGGGUGAACCUGUAGGAUAUAAUGAAAGGGCCUGGCGAUGGAGCGGGUAUGGUCGUCGAUAUGCAAGAGCGAGAGAGCUGCAUCGUCGCCGUCAUAUGAUGAUGUUCUAGUCUGUUUAUAGUGAAUUAUGUGAUUGUCACAUUGAUUUUACAUUAUCUGAGGGUUUCGAACCCUGUAGCCGGUAUCGUAAUUUAAUUAUUAACUAUACACUGUCGUAUUUGAUGUGAAAACAUCAAAAUGUUUUAAAAAAAACGACAAAUAUUUAGUAGAGGUUAUAAAAACUUUACAUCGAAUCUAGUAGGGCUUCCUGUUCUAAUAGUUUUUCAAUUAUUCUUCAGCGUUCGUAUUGACUUUUCCAUAGAGAACUAGGCUCUAAACUUUUAUAGUUACUUAUUCUCCCGUGCCUAACUUUAUUGUAUUGAAAGUAGAUACUGUUAUUAUUAAAUGGGUACCAUUUAGAGGCCUAUAAUUUUAGAUUUAUAUAAAUGUAAGAAGUUAAAUCACUGCCUGAAGUAUUAUCUAAAUGCUUAAGUAAUAUGGAACUGUACAAACCACAAAGAUUUGCUAAAUGUUUAUAGUAAAAAUAUACCGAAGUAAUACUUUAUAAG